AUGUCUAGCAUUAAAGAUCUUGAGUUGCAGCAGCAGCAGCAGGAGACACCACCAAGUGAUCUUAGUGAUCCAAGCGAUUCCCAUGAUUCUUCUUCUCCAUCUUCAUCCAAUUCGUCUUCUCUUCAUCCAAUACCGACACCACAUUGGGGGAAGCUAAUCUGGCACACUAUUAUCUGCAUCCUUGUCUGUGCACACAUAGCUGCAUUUGCGAAUUACCUCGUUUAUAGGAUCUAUGUUUACUCUAAACAUCCCGGAGAGCUCGCGAGAAGGCCGUGGCUGAUAGUUUUGACGACUUGCGAGGUGAUAUACUUUGCGAGCAGCGUUAUUUCGGCUGCGGAUCUGGUGUUACCGCCUCGAAUAUGGCGGCCCCGUCAGAGUUUAUCGUUGAAUUGGGAAGAGCUUCCGACGGUUGACAUAUUUCUUCCCUGCUGUAAAGAGCCCACUGACGUUCCCGAGGAUUCCAUUCAGGCUGCCCUGGCCAUGGAUUAUCCCAAGCACCAGUUUCGAGUUUUGGUCCUUGAUGAUGGAGGGGACGAUGAGCUAAAAAGAUACUGUGAAGAAUUGGAGAUCUUCCAGAUUCCAGGUGUCCCACACAACUUCAAAUGCGGUAACCUUAACUACGGCCUGGAGCAUUCCGACGCGGAGUUCGUGGUGAUGAUGGACGCAGACAUGAUACUUCACCCCUCAUUCUUGAAGACUUUGCUCCCUCACAUAGUGAAGGACCCCAAAGUGUCAUUCGUGCAAAUCCCUCAAUCGUUUUAUAACCUGCCAGUGGGAGACCCUCUAAAUGAUGCUUGCGGAUUUGGCUACGAGCGUGUCAUGAUUCACAGGGACACAUUUGGGGCCGCACCCUGCGUUGGAACUGGAGCAAUCUUCCGAAGGAAACAUCUGGACGAGAUUGGAGGCUUCCAGCCAAUGUCAAUCACAGAAGACACCAUGACCGCAUUCAAGCUCUUCAACCAGGGCUUCAAGUCCGUCUACCUCAACCGCAAGCUUCAGAUUGGUCUUACACCGUGGACGUUUGAAGGAUAUAUCAAGCAGCGGCAGCGGUGGUGCCAGGGAGCUAUACAGCAAUUCUCUGCGACAUGGAGAGAGAUGCUUGGGCCAAAGAGCAAACUCUCCUUGGUUCUCAAGGUGAGUUUCUUCUGGCACACGGGAUACUACUUCAUCGCAAUCGUCAACCUUGUUAUGCUUCUCCUCUUCAUCGUUUGUCUUGCACUUCACUUGGACCUCAUGAUCGGCACCUCCCAUGAGGCGCGGCGUGUUAUCAUCCAGCUCGCCAUCUUCCUCAUUUUCUGGCGCCUUUCUUGGAUCUCAGUCUGGCUCGGUCUUCCACAAUCCAUCCAGAGUCGUAACCGGGACGAGUCACAUUUCUGGUGGAUGACACCCUUCUUCCUCCAGACCAUAUACAAGUCCAUUUUUUCGUACUCUUCCACUUUCACAUUCACUCCAACAAGCAGCAUCGAUCGAGUUGCGGCACAGGCCAAGUUCACCAAGCAGCCAGCCUUGAUCAAAUUUUUCCUUGUCAAGCUCAAACAUGUAAAGGUUCACAUAAUCUACAUACUCCUGGUCUUGGCAGUGGUGGCCUACAGAAUUUCCUGGGUAGCGAAGCAAAGAGGCCGAAAUUGCAGCCAUGAUUUUUACGUGAUCGCAAUGUCCUUCUUUCUUCUUUCAACUUGUACACACAUGCUUGUACCAAUUGUGUACAUUUUGUGUCCGCCCAGCUACAAGCCUGGGCAGCGCAAGGGGCUGCUUCACUACAAGGAAAAGGUUCCACAUUUCGUGGAGGGAGACCAUCUCCCAAAGUGGCACUGGUCAGCCAUGUUUUACGAGGCCAUAGCUAACGUGGUUGUGGUGAUUUUCUGGGUGGCAGCACUUGUUAUCGCUGUCACCAAGGCAGAUCGCCAAUGGUGUAAAACUGGUGCUGUAUAAAAGCUUACAUAAAGUCUUGUUUAAAGGGUUUUGGGAAGAAUGCGUCAGUUCUGCAGCGGACUUUCGUCACGCCAUCUGCUAUCACAGGGACUUCUACUACUUCCAGCCUGAUGUUGCCUGGACGAGCUGUACCACACCAUCAAACGUAUGAAAGACAAUGGCACGAUGUAUAACGUUCAGGGCUUCCUGCUCAUCGGCAUGGUGACCGUGAAGGAUUUGUUUGAGGGGCGAUUUGGUGAUGGACAAUUGCGUGCUAUCCACGACUAUCAGCUGUCAUUCUGGUUGGAAGACUUGCUUCGACAAGUUAACUACAAUAGUGGUGAUGUUGUGCGCGACUGUGGUGGGCAUACGUGAUGGGCUUACUACUCGGCAUUUUUAACUCCGAUAACAUAAACCUUGACAUCUCCAC